AUGUCAGACACACACAACAGCGUUCACGAGCGCGACUACACCGUCUCCUCGUCCUCCACCGCAGACUCCUCCACGCUGCCCACAGGUUCGGGAGAGAACGAGCAGCAUCACAGUGGAUCAGCACGCCCGCCAGAUCCACAGAUCCGUAUCGAGGAUACCGACGCCGAUGACACGCUCAACAGCUCCGAAGACGCUCCCACCCAGCUGGCUCCGUCGAAUGUUUCUAUCUCCACCACGGUUCCCAACGAACCACCAUCGACUGCCGGACGUCGUGCUGGACGUGUGCACUGGGAUGGCACCUCAAAUGCCGCUAGUUUCCGAAGGGGCGGUCAGCUUCAGAUCCGAGCGGGUGGAGCCCUCGCAGGUCCCACCGUGACCGUUCGAGGUGCCGCUCCGCCCGAGGCUCGACCUGACAAAGCAAACGGCCUCACCCUCGGAUCCGUUCGCAGAAACCAUCAUCCUGGUCCGCUCAAUAUCGCAGAGCGCCUCACUCCUCAAAAUGAAGCUCCAUCGACUGGCUCACCGCCGCCCAAAGACGCUUCCAAUGAUGCACCAGCCGCGCAGGCGGCCACCAUCCCUUCCCUCUCUCUCACCGGCGCAAAGGGUCUUGACGAACAAGGCCUCGACAAUCGUGCUUUCCUCGAGCUGCAGCGCGAGCUUCGUCGUCACGAGGCUCGCAACGACGAAACAGCUAGCCAUCCCAGCUGGCAAGAGGCGCAACCAGAUGCUGACCCCUCCGGCAGAGAUCGUCUCGCCCAGGUCUUUAUGGAUCGCGAGCGCGAUCGCGAAGAAAGGCGGCGGCGACAGCGAUCUAGAGGUGUCGGCGGGAACGAGACGCCCGGCAGCUUCGGCGACUUAAGUGGUGCCACCACUCCAGGGUCUGCCACCACCGAGAGCAGCUAUGAUCCUGCCAACGACUCGGAUCUCGAGUACAUUGACCUCAUUCCUGGCGAGACGGAUGGCAUGCCCACCCGUAUCAAGAAGCGCAAGGAUGAGCCAGCAGCCGAUCAGCAGCCUAAAGGCUGGGCAAAGCUCCGCGGCAUCUUCGGAAAGCCACCUGUCGAUGAAGAAGAUCAGGAAGAAAAGGGCGAGGUCGGCCCAUCUGCUGCCUCCCACGACCAAGGUGGGCCCACCAACAAGAAAGCCGUUCCCGUCGAGACGUCCAGCGGCCUUCACACAGGCGAUGGUCCGCGUCGCAAACCAACCAAGUUCGAACGGGAAGCUGUGCGCCUCGUUCGUCAGCACAAGCUCACUCAGGAGCGACAGGACGCUCUCAACCGCAUCGGUCGUGCCCAUCUUCCCGACACGGGCGCGUCCACCCCGGACCCCAUGGAGACCGCCAUGAAUCUCGAUGCUAGGCCCGUUACAUCCGGCGGCGUGCUUGGCAACUUGCUGCGUCUCUACGAGCAGCAGCAGCGCGAGGCGAAAAGCGCUGCCACCAGCUCCGUCGCCAGCGCAAGCGAAUAUAACAUGGACGGGGACGGCGAACACCGUUUCAACGAAACGCCAGAGCAGAUUCAAGCCAAGCUCGACUCACCCGGUUUCCAGCGCAAAUUAGAUCGAUACGAGAAGCGCAGGGGCAUGUCGAUGCAGUCCAUCAGCUUGCCCAGCCCCAAGCUCACACAGACCUUCGCCAAGGUCGGCAACGUGGCCCUCAACACCUCGAGCAAGGUGGUGCGUGGCGUCGCCACCGAGACCGGCAUCGACAGUGCGCUCGAUGAGCGUCCCAAGGCCGCCCGAAGCGAUGCAGGUGUCUUUGGUGCCCUCGUGGCCACCACCGGCAAUCUUAUCGGAGCCGUCUCGCCGCAGCACGCUCAGCUCGGACCCAAUCCCAAGCGUCCUGGCUAUUCGCUCGAUCGCUACCUCUUGCCCGAGAUGACCGCCAAAACGCUCAAGCGUACGGCACAGAUCGUCGCCGAUGCGGCGCCCGCACCUUACCGACCGAGCAACCUUGGCAGUCCCCUCGCCUCGCGUUCGCGUUCGCUGCCGACCAGUCCGGACGGCGAACGCCGCGACAGCUCGACCCAGGCCAACUCGCCCAUCGCAUCUGGCUACACAACACCACAUAAGAAGCGACCGAGCUCCAUCAUGCACUUCCCUUCGCGCACCAUGACCGGUGGUAGCUCGGCUGACGGCACUGGCGCUCGCAAGAGACACCACUUGCUGCCCGGCGCCAUGUCGCGUCACUGGACCCAUUCGAAUGUCAACACGCCGGACGCCAAUGCUGGCCUGGGCCCAGACUACUUUGGACCCGAAGCCGAAAAGAUGCACUCGGACUAUCACAAGCAAGAGUGGCAACGAAAGCUUAGGAAGCGCGCCAAGGACAAGAAGCGCAAAGAAGAGAUCUUCAUCACCAUGCACGUCGCCGCCAUCUUGCAGCGUCAGCAGUUCAUCAUGAAGCUCGCGCGUGCGCUCAUGAUGUUCGGUGCUCCCACUCAUCGCAUCGAGACGCAGAUUCAGCAGACGGGACGGGUGCUCGAGAUCAACUGUCGAUGCAUCUACCUGCCCAACCUCAUGCUGCUCGCCUUUGGUGACGACACGACCCACACGUCCGAGACCAAGUUCAUCAAGCAGGCGUCCGGACUCGACCUGACCAAGCUAACCGACAUGCACACAAUCUAUUGGAACGUCAUCCACGACAAGAUCGGAGUCGAGGAGGCUUCUGCACAGCUGGACGAGCUGAUGAGACGCAAGCCGCUGAUCGGUCGAUGGCCAAUGGUCGUCAUCGGUGGCUUUGCUUCCGCGUUCAUCUGCCUCGGCCCGCAGGGUUUCAAUGGAAGCUUUAUCGAUGCGGUCAUGGCGUUCCCGCUGGGAGCCUUCUUGGUCUACUGCCAGUCGAUCAUCACCACUGAGCUGUACAGCAACGUGUUUGAAAUCGUCUUUGCCACGCUCAACUCGUUCGUCGCUGCAGCCGUGCAGAGUUCGGGCUACUUUUGCUACUCUGCCGUGGUCUCCGGCUCGAUCGUGCUCAUCUUGCCCGGCUUCAUCGUGCUCAGUGGCUCGCUCGAGCUGCAGUCCAAGAACUUGAUAGCAGGGUCGGUGCGCUUAGUGUACGCGAUCAUUUACUCGCUCUUCCUCGGAUUCGGAAUCUCGAUCGGCGUCUCCUUCUGGCAGCUCUUCUCGAGCAACACGAGCACGCAAGGCUUCAACAAUUGCGUGCGCAACAGCGACGUGUGGUGGCAGAGGGACGUCCCCGAGAUUUGGGCGAUCCUCACUGCACCGGCAUUCACCAUCUGUCUCUCGUUGCGCAAUCAGGCCAAGAUCACGCGCAAGGAGUUCCCCGUCAUGGUGCUCAUCGCUUGUGGUGGUUGGGCCUGCAAUCACUUCUCGGCCAAGACCACAGCUCUCUCGAGGCGUCAGGAUGUCACCGCCGCGUUAGGUUCGCUGGCGGUGGGCGUCAUGGCGAACCUGUACGGACGCUUCUUUGAUGGUCGAAGCUUCGUCGUGUCGGUGCCUGGUAUCUUGUACCAGCUUCCCUCGGGUCUCUCCAAUGGUGGCGGACUGUUGAACUUUGCCAACAACUCGGAUUCCACAUCGGCCUUCUCUUCAGGCUUCACGGUGGCUCAGUCGCUGGUCGAGGUGGCGUUGGGUCUGACUGUGGGCCUGUUUGCAAGCACGGUGCUGUCGUACGUGCUCGGCGGCAACAAGAUCCGAAACGGUGCUGGCCUGUUCAGCUUCUGA